GUACGAUUGACCUGAUCUUAUUUUUAAAGUGGUUUUAAAAAUGGCGACCGGGAAGAAGUGUGUGUUUACAGUUAUUAUUGCGAUUUUAACGGCUCUUAUCAUAGAAAGUCAAUGUCGAUUCCACCAUCUCGUACUUAAGGAUGACAUCCGUCAGCGGGUCCAUCUGAACACAUUCGGCUUUUAUAAAGAUGGUUAUAUGAGUAUGAGCAUGAACAACCUCAGCUUCACUAAUGGGAAGACGGACAACAUUGACAGCUCCACGAUUGGUUUUAGCCUAGAUCGUGCAAGCAAUAAUGGCUUCUCCACAUAUUUGGACGAGGGUCUGGACUACUGUCCUCUUAAAAAGGAUCCAAGUAGUAAUUUUGCAGGGGUGCUUCUCUUGCUGGACUUCCAAAAAAACUUAGUGAGGAAGAAGACUUCAGCAGAGGCUGGUGUGUUUCCCAAAAUCAUGCUAUUGCCGCCCAAAAAAACUGUGGUGGAACAACUGGCUGAAAAGGGCGAAGAUCUCCAAGACAAGGGGCCAGAUGAUGGAUCUCAAUCUAAAACAGGUUCUAAAUCCAAGCAAGAUGUUGAGAACAAGACAGAAGAUACCUAUCCUCUUGAGAAAAGAGGCAAAAAUUACUCAUUUCAGUUUUACUUCAAUGUCACAACGGAUGAACAGCAAGGCCUUUAUAACUUUUAUUUCUACAACUGCUACUCCAUGCCAAUGAACCAGGACAGUACUUUGUCAGACAUGCUGCCUUUCAGCAUCGAUAUCAACAUCGUGGAGAAGAAUCCGGACAGCUUUCUCUCUGCAGGAGAGAUUCCAUUACCUAAGCUUUACAUCUGCAUGUCCAUGUUCUUCUUUCUCAUCGGCACGCUGUGGGUUCAUGUUUUGCGUACACAUAGUUCUGAUGUUUACAAGAUUCAUUGGCUGAUGGCUGCUCUUCCAUUCACAAAGUCACUUUCUCUUAUUUUCCAUGCAAUUGAUUACUACUACAUUUCCAAUCAGGGUUUUCCUAUUGAAGCCUUGGCUGUGGUCUAUUACAUUACUCACUUGCUGAAGGGGGCGCUGCUGUUCAUCACUAUAGCAUUAAUAGGAACUGGCUGGGCCUUUGUUAAGCAUAUCCUUUCAGAUAAAGACAAAAAGAUCUUCAUGAUCGUCAUUCCCCUGCAGGUUCUGGCCAAUGUGGCCUACAUCAUAAUUGAGUCCACAGAAGAGGGCUCCAGUGAGUAUGGCCUGUGGAUGGAGAUCCUGUUUCUGGUAGAUCUGCUGUGCUGUGGGGCCAUUCUCUUUCCUGUGGUCUGGUCCAUAAGACAUUUACAAGAGGCAUCAGCAACAGAUGGGAAAGCUGCCAUCAAUCUGGCUCAACUGAAACUUUUUAGGCACUACUAUGUGAUGAUUGUGUGCUAUAUUUAUUUCACCCGCAUCAUUGCCAGUCUCAUCAAGGUCAUUGUUCCUUUCCAAUGGAAGUGGCUUUACCAGCUGCUGGAUGAGCUGGCAACUCUGACCUUCUUCUUCUUCACUGGACACAAGUUCAGGCCGGCCUCCUACAACCCCUACCUACUGCUGUCUGUGGAGGAUGAAGACAUGGAGAUGGAUGAUGUUGUAACUACCUCAACAGCCAUGGGAGAGGGCGUUAAGAAAGUGAAGAAACUGUCCAAUGGACCGUCAGAGGAGAGGGAGAGCAUGGCAUAAUGGAAGAAACAAUCCUUUGUCGAUUCUGUGUGCCUCUGGACUUUGUGGCCAGCUACUGACGUGGGAUAUUCAUGUGCUAAAUUCCCAUUGGACCUUCUCUCAUGAUCACAUGUGAAGACAAAGCGUUCCAUAUCCACAUAUAUGUCUAUCUCUGUAAAUGUUGCACAGACAGUAUGGAGAAUUCACAUUAAGGCACUCCGUGAUUCUUUUUGCCACUGUAGUUUUAAUUGAUAUGCUCGGUGCUGUGCUUUAUUUUAUUAUCUUGAAGAUUGCGUGUGAGUGUGUGUGUGUGUGUGCGCGUGUGUGCACAUCUUUUUUUUAUUUGGUUCUUUUUGUUUUUAUUUAUUUAUUUAUGACCUUCCUACACAUUGCUUGAUCUUGGAGACUCUGUGGCACUUUAACAGGUACACUCUAGUCAAAUGAAAGCCUGUGUGUGAUUCAGCUAUUACUUCAACUAUUUCCUGAUCUAAGUUCUCAAAACGUAUAAUUUGUAUGUAAAUAUGCUGGCCCUUAAAACAUGCAUAACCCAGAUUAAUGUUACAAAAAAUAAGAUGUACAGUUUUCAAGCUUAGUCAGAUUUGAGGACAGCUGCUUUGUAUUUUUUCAGUAUUUGUGUGUUAAUAAGUAUGGGUGACGAUGGAUUUUCAGGAAGUAGAUCCAGUGUGUCCAGAAACAUGUAUUUCAAAUGUAUUGAACAUGGAUUAAAAUGAUUUUUCAGGGAAAUUGUAAUUUAUGGUUGCUGAUGGUACAAUGAAGGCUUUUAUUUUGAUGUUAAAUAUUUUGCUUUCUUUCAGUUAUCUUUGAGCAAGCUUUAUGAAAUUGUGUUUCAGUAUUAAAUUGUGCAAUGGUUUCA